AUGAGCGAAAUGAUGUAUGAUGAUCGCCCUUCGUAUAUGUCGGACUCUGGAGAUGAGCUGUCAAGUGAGGAUAUAGAGACUUUCGACAGUUAUCAAGUUCUUGAGCAAAUAAAGCAGAGCGGAUACAAUUGCAAGCGAUCUUUCAAACUCCUGCAAACCCUUGCUCAAAGAGAGGAAUAUGACCUCGUUUUAGAAGUGUUAUGGAAGAUGAAGAGAGAAUGUGACUAGCAAACAUAAUUUUUUGGAAAUAUGUGUUCUGAUCUGAUGAACAGCUGCAACAUGCUAGAAAACGAAAAUUUCGUGCUUGUGGAGGAGGAACCCGAGGAGGAAAAAUCUUCGAUGGACUAAAACUCUAGUUUGAUCAUAAAGAUAGAUUCGAAGGGGAAUCUGUUGUAAAAGCGCAAGUUCCCAGAAAAAGGAGGGAAAGAACUUAAAGAUCUAGAUUAGAGGGAGAACUCAAACAAUAACGCCUCAAACGGGAAUGUUAACAACAAUGAAAUGUCAAAAAAAGAUAAAUAAGGCAACAAAAGAAAAGCAUAAAAUUUAACUCUAUCCACUUAAAAUGGUGUUUACGAUUCUCAAAAACUGAAAUAAAUUUGCCAUAAUAAUGGACAGAAAAGGCCAAAGCUUAACAGUCAGAUGCAGUCAAAUCAGAUAAUAUUCAAAACAUUAAAGCCUGGCAAAUAGGAGGAAAACACCCCUGUAAACAGCAAUUUGAAUGGAAAUGAUAAAUUGGGGGUUGCGGAAAAUAACGAAGACUGUUUAGAUGAAAUCACAAUGUCAUAGAUCUAGCCUUUAAAUAUUUAAAAGAUGUUUGACGAAAACUAAAAUUCAAAUCUAUCAAGAAUUAGCAACUCAUCUGAAUUUAUUCCUAAGUUUAGAGGAAGACCUCCGAUGAAAAAGUAAUUAGGAGGCCAACAAGUAGGUAGCAACAACUAAACAAAAAAUGAGCCAUAGUCAGAUAGUGAUUCCUCAAUUAUCUCUAAGAAUGACAACAGCAACUUCAACUUCAAAAAGGAGAUUAACAACCUUAUAAAACUAAUUUAAUCUACAAACCCAGGUUUGUUCAUUCAAGCAGCUAUGAGGCUUUAAAACCAGCAGAAUUCCUAGACAAAUAGAUAGAUGAUGAGUACACUAAGCAGAGGGUAAACAAGAAAUCAAAACUCAUUUGAAGUCUUUUCUAAAAAUAUAGAUAAUAUAUAGCAAACAACUGCUGUAAAUGGCAUUAUCAAAUAUGAACAAAAUAACUUCUUUGAGUGUUCUGAUUCCUUAUUUGACGUUAAAAUAUCAAUAGAGCCUCAGUAGUUUUGGAAGAAAGUUGAUAUGUUCUUCGGAAUCAUCCCAAGGAAGAGAGUGCUUGCCAAACUUAUGAGCUUUUACAAGGUAAAUGAUGAAGCUUAUAGAUAAACAUUGGAAGAACUAGGUGAUUAUAUCUACUAAGACUAUAUUGGUGAAUGUGAUAUAAGAGAUUAGGCAAAGCUUUCCAAAAAAUUGGUGAAGCUAUUAUUGUAAAACGAUGACUAACUCAGAAAUGAACAAGUUGAAGGUAGAAAGUCACAGAAAAGUAACGAUUUGACUAAGGCAUUUAAAGAAGACUUGGAAAAAAACGUGUAGGAAAUGCUUCAUCUAAAGCAAAAAUAACAGCAAUUGCUGCUGAGAUAGUAAUAAUAGAUGCAAUCCAGUGCAUCACCAAAUUAAUUCCAGCAUUAAAAUGAAGAUGUUUUGAGCCUAAAUAAUAUUGCCACUAAUUACGAUGAUUCAUCAAAUGACCAUGAGGAUGCCCUAGAUAACCCUGAUAACUAAAUAAACUAAGAAAAGAGUGUUGUUUAAAAAUCAUAACCUCUCAAUAAUAUUAUGAAUAAACUAAUCAAUAUGAAAAUCAAUUAAGAUAUAAAGGAUUUUGACCAAACCAGUUAGGAACUUAACUAAUAUCCUCCUUAAUGGAUAAAUCAAGAAAAGGAGAAAAUGCCCAUAGACAAAUAGAAGUUUAUGAGGCAUAUCAAUUUGCAUGGAGCUCCAAAGUCUUACAAAAAUAUCAGUGAAUAUGUCAGAAUUGAGCUAGAACAAAUCGAGUUGGUGGAGCCUGAGAUUGUUGAGGAGAUAGACACGCCUUAGUAGGAUGAGGUCUCUCAUCUGAUACAGAAACUUACCAACGAGACUCUCAAGAUAAAAGGUCUUAAUAUGAUUCAAAUGAAGAAAAUGAAAGACAGAGUUGACAUAAUGACUGAGGGAGAGCAAUAGAAUAAGCCAUAUCUAAAGAUCGAUCUUAAAUAAAAGAUCAGAGAGGUUAAGCAGUUGAACAAAAAGUAGCAGACUCUAAUAAGAAGGAGAGAUUAAGAACUAUAGCAAAGAAACCAAACAGGGUAGAGCACUAAAUCUACCAAGCAGAACAGGUUCUAGAGGAAACCUUCUGACAAACAAGCCAAUUUUUAAUUGGAUGGAGGAUACAGAGGAGAUAGAGGGGACAGGGAGGAUAAGGAUCAUCAUCCCUACAGUCAUACAAACUAGAACACCCCUAACAAUCUUCCUCCUAGACAAGAACCUCAAAACUUGUUGUUUGUUGUUAAUAAAAUAGCUAAUGCUCAUAACAGAGAUAUUAGCAAUAACAAUACCCCUGGCAAUAAAUCUGGAAAUAAUAAUUUGAGUUAGCAAAGCUUCAAUAAGUCUAGCUUCAACAAUAAUAAUCAAAGUUAGAAUACCAUUUUUGCCUAAAACUAAGACCCUGUUAGGUAAGUUAGCUUCAAUAACACAGCCUCUUUUAGUAACACAUCUAUGAUCAAUAUUAAUUCUAACAAGGGCUAAAACGCAUCUCCAUUUUACAGUCAAACUAACAAUCAUAAUAAUAGCAAUAAUAAAAGUGAGAAUUUAUCAUCACCAGAGGUAAAUAGUUUGAAUGAAUCUAGAAUAUCUCUGAAUACCACACCCGCAAAUAAUAACUCGAAUAAGAUCAUAAUUCCCUUCUCAAUUCCGUUUGGUGAUUCGUGCAAUAACCAAAUUAAGAAUGAGUCACCACUAAAGUGCAAGGAAUCUGAUUCUGACCAAUAAUAGAAGAAGCAGAUCUAAGAUUUCUAAGUGGAAACAACACCAGUAGAUGCUGAGUAUUAAGAAGAAGGACCAGGCAACGAAGAUGCAGAUAUGGAAGAGGAUGAAAAUCAAGUGAUCUUGGAAGAGGACGAGGAAGAACCAGAAGAUGCUGAGGAUGAUGAUAUAAAAGAUGGCUCUGUUUUUGUAGAAUGCGAGGAUGAGUCAAUUGAAGAUGAUUAGCCAAGUUUCAUGGAAAUUAAAGAUGAAGAGCUGCUAUAGCACUAGGUCCCUAAUAAUCUAGACCAUGUUAAUUAGAAUUAGUAGCAUUAGUAGUUGCAUUUAUCCUCCUAACCAUCACUAAUACUGCAUUAGCAUUAAUCAUUACAGUAGUAGCAAUCAUCUCACUAUUAAAAUCACAUUUAACAAUAAAAUCACUUAAACCUACAACAUCAUUAUCAGCAGAUGUAGCAAGUUCAUCUUUAACUUCAUUCUCCAUAGUAGCAUAUGUAAUAGCAUAUGCCGCAGCUAGAUUAUUAGUUGGGUAGAAACAUUGAUCCCAGUCUUAACAUGAAUUCUAAUUCUAUUCAGCUUAACCAUCACUAGGUUCUUUAGUAGCAACACAAUUCAAACACCCACCAUCAUCAUUAGUUUAAUCCCAUAUUAGAAAAUGAGGACGGCUAUCAUCUGGAUAAUAUCUUAAAGGAUGAGGAUCCCUUUUACUUAAAGCAUUUCGAACAAUAGCCAUUCGAUGAAGAUUUCUUUUAACAGGAUAAUUCCUAAUUGUUUUGA